AUGGGAGAGCGAAAGAAUGCGACACUGCCGGAAGAUUUAAUCCAAUCAGAAAUACUCCCUCGAAUACCAGCAAAAUACAUUCUUCGAUGUCGCCUGGUUUGUAAGUCCUGGAACUCUGUUUUCUCCACACCUGCUUUCGUAAAUUCCCACCUCACUUAUCAACUCCACAACAACUCUGAAGAAAAUGAUCGGAUUAUAGUAAAGCGUUAUGGGUUUAACGAGGAAGUGGACAUUCUCUCCCUCACCGAUUCAAUUCGUGUUCCUAAAGUGCCUUGCGCUAUUGACACCUUGUUCGGUUCAAUUAAUGGUUUAAUUGCAAUGGCUUCUACACGGGGAAAAAAAUUUUGUUUGUGGAACCCGGCUCUCGGGCAAGUUAAGUUGUUUGAUUUCCCCCCACUUGAUGGUCACUAUGCCGGCGGAUUCUGUUGGGAUCAUGUGCACAACGAUUACAAGGUCUUGAUGUUCUGCCACAGCAUCUCUUCGCGGCUUAGACAAAUUUGUAUUUACUCAACAAAUUCGGCUACUUGGGCUUCGUUGGGCAUCCCUCAAAAUCUCGUGUUGCCAGGAUUUAUGCGGUGGACGUCACCAGGUCCAUCUACCAUUGUGAAUGGAACGCCUUACUGGAGUUAUCCUAAAUCCUUGACUUUGCCCGGAGAGAUUCGUAAACGUCAGUUCUUCUCUACGUUCAAGUUUGUGCCUGAAAUCAUGAGUUCAGGCUCCUUCCUGAUUUAG